UAUUACUUCAUUUAUCAAGUUCUGGCCGGUGCCUCAGUACCAUAUUCUUAACAUAUAGUAUACCUUGGAUAGACUCAGCAAUAAUGGCGACGAACGAGCCGAAACCCAAGAUUACACUUCAUUGGUUGGAGUUGUCUCGCUCGCACAGAAUAUUAUGGCUUUUAGAAGAGCUUAACAUUGGGUAUGAGUUGAAGACCUACAAACGCGGGUCAGAUAGACUUGCGCCUCCUGAGCUGAAACAAAUUCACCCCCUUGGAACUUCUCCAUUGAUUACGAUCGAAGUUCCAGGGCAGGAGAAGCCGGUCACCAUGGUUGAAUCAGGCGAGAUUGUCGAAUACUUGUGCGAGUUCUACGGCAAGCAUUUGAUUCCACCCAGAUAUCCGGAGGGCAAGGAAGGUCAAAUCGGAAUGGAGACGGAAGAGUGGCUGCGCUAUCGCCAUUACAUCCACUACGCCGAGGGCACCAUCAUGCCUUAUAACAUAAUGAUGUUGAUCGUCAGCAUCGUCAGCAACCCUCCAGGCGCACCGUUCUUUAUCAAGCCAAUUGCUCGUCGCAUUGGAGAUGGUGUCAAGAACAUAUUUUUACAGAAGAAGCUCGACACGAAUUGGGCGUUCCUGGAGGAGCAGGUUAAGACUGCUCCGAACGGUGGUGGCUACUUGUGCGGUACCAAGCUGACCGGUGCGGAUAUCCUUAUGGUGUUCCCGCUCGAAGGUGGUCGUGCGAGGACAGGAUUGACUAAGGAGAAGUAUCCUGCUCUUUGGCAAUAUACCGAGAAGCUUUCUAACAGCGAGGGCUACCUCCGUGCGACGAAGAAGAUCGAGGAGGCAACAGGUGAGAAAUUUGUUGCCAUAUCGGCGUAAUAUGAGCAUAUGUAUAUAUGAAUGUAGCAAUAGUUUGCGCAAUAUACCAGGACAG